UGAUAGUCCAAAUUUAACUUCCACAAAUCUAGUCGCUUAAUCUCCACUUCCCCGAUUUUCUCCCCCCAAUUACUACCAUUAUACUCCUUAAUAUUUUGUUUCUUCUGCUAAUUAAUUCCAAAUAUGGCCGCCUUGCAAAAACAGCCUCUUUUGCUCCUAAUUGCUCUCUUCAUGUUCAAAGCAAUUGCUGUUUCAGCCACGCAGUUUACGCUUCAAAACAAUUGCGGUUACACAGUUUGGCCCGGUACACUUUCCGGCAACGGAGUUUCUAUCUCCGGCGAUGCUGGUUUUGCAUUAACUCCCGGCGCAACCAUCCAACUCUCCGCUCCAGGCGGUUGGUCCGGCCGGUUCUGGGCCAGAACCGGUUGCAGCUUCGACGAUUCCGGCAACGGUAAAUGUACAACCGGCGAUUGCGGCGCAUUGAAGUGCAUCGGUGGCGGCGAACCGCCGGUAAGUCUAGUUGAAUUCACCAUUGCUAAUGCUAACGGCAACGAUCAGAAGGACUUUUACGAUGUUAGCCUCGUCGAUGGAUACAAUGUCGGUAUCGGCGUACGGCCUACCGGAGGCUCCGGUGACUGUCAAUACGCCGGUUGCGUCAACGAUUUAAACUUGAAUUGUCCGAAGGAGUUGCAGGUGAUGGAUAACGGCGCAGUGGUGGCGUGUAAGAGCGCGUGUGCACAAUUUAACACAUCGGAGUAUUGCUGCACUGGCGAUCAUGCGACGCCGGCGACUUGCUCGCCGACGCAAUAUUCGAAGCUGUUUAAGGAUGCAUGCCCUUCUGCUUAUAGCUAUGCAUAUGAUGAUGCUACAAGUACCUGCACUUGCUCUGGUUCGGAUUAUUUAAUCACAUUUUGUCCAACCAAUUCAUAAGUUUUUUUUUAUGAGUAACAAUUUAUUAUUAUUAUUAUUAUUAUUAUUAUUAUUAUUAUUAUUAUUAUUAUUAUUAUUAUUAUUAUUAUUAGUACUGUUUUUUGUAAUCUCUAUUGAGUUAUAAGAAGUGGCGAAGCCAUAUGGUCAUAAGGGUGGUCAACUGACUAUUUUUUGUCAAACAAUUGCACUGUGUAUAAGUAAAAUAUUACGUUUUAAAGGUAUAUAACACAUACUGAACACUCUUUAUCAGAAAAUUUUUUCAUUGCUUUUAAAUUUGAACACGCUUUAGAAAAUUCCUAACUUUCCCACUGGUUAUAAACACUAUGGAUAGAAUUUAUUGUUAUAAGGAUACUAGUCUUUGAUUUAGUAACGUUUUGGCCCUUAAUUACAAGAAUAAUAUACCAUUUACUUCCUAUUACU